UAAUGGAAGGUUAUUUAUUGAAAUGGGUUAAUCCAUUUUAACGAUGGUAAAAACGAUAUUUUAUACUUAAUGAUAAUAUACUUACCUAUUGUGAUCAACCAGGAGGCAGAUCAAAAGGACAGAUACAUCUUAAAGUAGCAGGAAUAAAUGAAAGUAAGGAUGAUACUUUAAGAAUUAUUAUUAAUACAGGAACAGGUUAGAUUUUAUUGAAAGCAGCAAAUAUUGAUGAAAAAAAUAAGUGGUUGAUUGCAUUAAAGAAAAAUUAGGAGUAUUGUUAAAGACAUUAAGUGUUUAAUUAUGGUUAAAGAAUUUAAGAACUUUUAACAGAUAUAUGGAGCAAUUUUGCAUUAUUUGAUGAAUAAUUGACAUACCUUCAAGAAAAGGCUACUUUAAGCAUGUAUAAAGAAAUCAGUAACAUUAUUGAUAUAGGAUAAUACUUAAAAAAUGGAAUUACCUUAUGUUGUACAUUAAUAGAAGAAGAAAAAAUAAAAUUAUAUGGGGAAUCUGAUACAAUAUAUGAGAGUUUUGAUUUUGAGAAUGAAAUUCCAUUAAAUACUUAAACAUCUAAUUAUACAAUAAGAUAAGAAGAAUACAAAUAAAAUUAAUUAGAAAAUAUGAACUCCCAUCAAUUUUUAGAAACUAUCAAACUAUUGAAUCCAAUCAAAUAUAAUAAUAUUAAAUACAAUAGAGUUUAUUCUAGAUUAAGUAUCACUAAUGAAGCAACAAGGAAAUGUUUACCUUACAAAUAAGAUCCAGAUGAGAAGUUUGCAUUCUGGCCAUUUUUAAAAGAGUGUAUAGGAAAGGAUCUUACUAGAAUACCAAUGCCACGUAUACUUAUGAAAGUCUAAUUUAGUAUUAUUUCAUCAGCCUUUAUCUGCUUUAUAGUUUUUUGCAGCUUCAUUUGAAUAUUAUGAUACAUUAAAAUAGGCAGCAAAGGCAGAAGAUCCAUAUAAAAGAAUGGCAUAUCUGAUAGUUUUUUCAUUAGUAAGAUGUAUACUUGGAAUAGAUUGUUAAAAGAAAUUCUUCAAUCCAGUUUUAGGUGAAACUUAUGAAUAUUUUACUCCUGAAUAUAAAGUAAUUAGUGAAUAAGUAUGUCAUCAUCCUCCAAUUACAGCUGUUCAUUGUGAAAGUGAAGAUUUCAUAUUAUCAAUUACAAUGGAAGCUACAGUAGGUUUUUCUGGAACUAGUAUCAAGGCUAAAUUACCUGGUUUAGUUCAUUUUAGAAAUAAAAAAACAAAUGAACAUAUGACUUAUUCAUUUCCUAGUAUAGCUGUUAAGAAUUUAUUAUUUGGCAAAAUGUAUUUUGAAUAAGUAGGUGAAGCUAUUUAUACUAAUCACACUACUGGAGAUGUUGGAAUUUUAACUUUGAAGGAAAGAACUAGUGAAAAAGUUUAAAAUUUGUUAAUAUAUAUAGGAUGCUCAUUAAGUUAAAGCAAUAAUAAAAGAUAGAAAUGGCAAUAUUAGAUGUUAAUUAAGUGGUUAUUUUAAUAAAGAAAUUUAUGCAAAUAAUGAAUUAAUUUGGAAAAGAAAUUAUGUUGAUCCAGAAAGUAGAUGGUAUUACUUUUAUUCUCAUCAUAUUUUAUAAUUAAAUCAUAUAAAUGAAGAAAUUUUAAGAGUAUAAAUCUAUUAUUAUUAUUAUAUAAAGAAUAUACCAUAGACUGAUAGUAGAAUGAGAUCAGAUAUGAGAGCAUUAGAAUGUGGAUUCAAAGAUCUAGGUUAAGAAGAAAAAGUAAGAAUAGAAGAAAAGUAAAGAGAAAGAAGGAAAAUUAUGGAAGAAAAGAAACAAUAACAUAUACCAAGAUUCUUUAAGGAAGAAUAUGAUUCAUUUUCUAAGAGAAACUAAUGGGUUUAUUUAUAUAAUUAUGAGAAAGAGAAACAUUUAAUAGAUUUAGAUUUAUUUUGA